CCUCACCUCUAAACAACAGGAAACACACCCAAUGAUUUCACUAACAUCAAGAGCAUUUUCACAACGCAUGGAGUCUCUGGUCCCUCUCGCAAUGAAGCUGCCGGCUCUGAUUGAUCUGAGUCUCAUAUUGAUCCUGACCUCCUACUCAAAAGGUCAAAAAUGGGAUAUCAAUCUCACUCAACGCAUUAAUGCAACAAAGGGCUCAACCGUGACCAUACUGUGCAUAUUUACUUAUCCGAAAGAAUACCACACCAAUGAUGUUCAGGUUUACUGGAAAAGACGUGAGAGAAGCAGCUUCAAAACCGGAGACAAAGACGAAAACCAGUUUGUCCUUCAUACGAAUGAAACGUUCGUGGUGGAGAAAUACAGAGGAAACACCGAGCUCAUCGGAAAAAAAGAUGAAGGACACUGCUCCCUCAAGAUUCGGAAUGUCACCUAUAAUGAACCUAGUCUCUAUGUGAGAGUCAUCGCAAAGGGUCAAAACUACAGCUUCUUAAGGAAACCUGUGUCCAUUUCAGUGUCUGGUGUUGCACCUGACUUUCCCAGCCAAGGUACAAACCCCCCAUUGUUCACCUUCGCAACCACAAUCAUGCCUAUGAACCAGGACUACUCAACCCUGUAUGCAGCCAUCACUGUUCCACUUUCUGUUCUUCUCCUCUUUGUCGUCGUCGUCUCUGCAGUUUGCUGUCACAAAAAGUGCAAAAAGUCACAAUCUUUCACCAGGGAGGAAUCUGUAUACUAUGCAAAUUUUAGCAGAGCAUCAGAGGACCCAGCCCAACGAGUGGCAUCCUGUGAAAAUCAACAAAACAAAGCAUUAUCUGAACCGAAAAUGAUUGAUGAGCCCAUCUACGCCAACACCGAGGCCCUUACAGAUCAGGUGGAAGAGGAUCACGUACAAAAUGUUUACGGAAAUGUAGAUUACUCAUAAUUGCAUAAUAGCUGAAUUUCAUGAAUCUAUUUAGUCUUAAACCUUUGUCUCAUUUGCAAUCUUUGAAUUCUGCAUUGUUUGGGGUUUAGUUCAUGUCUGUGAAACAUCCUCUAGGCCAGGGGCUCUCAAACUUUUGCAAGCUGGGCCCCCCCAAAGCUGGUUAGGGGUAGUUGCCCCCCCCCCCCCCCCCCC